UUCCCAACAUCAAAUGCAAAACCAAACCCAAAUUGAGCUCUCCCCAUUUCUCUAGAAACCGAAGCAGUAGAAAACCAGAGUCUACUUCACCAAUGCGUUCAUAUUUCUCUGUCUCUGCAAUCAAAUUAUAAUUUAUUCAAUCAAUUAAGUGAUUCUCUACCUCUGAAAUUCAUCAACACCAUCAUCGGUGUAUAUAUAUAUAUAUAUAUAUAUAUAGAGUCAGUCGUGGUUAUCGAUUGUUGAUGGAGUCGCCGGAGAGGGGGAGAAUGGCCGGAGGAAUUAUGCUGGAUUUUCCGGUGAGUGAUAAUACGGCACCGCUAUCGGCGACGCGGUUGAGAGUACCAAAAAGGCUGCGUGAAAGGCUCGUCACGGAGUGUAAGACGCCGAGUACUGUAGAAGAAAUUGAGGCCAAGCUUCGGGACGCAGAUCUUCGUAGAGAGCAAUUUUACAAGAAAGUGUCAAACAAGGCGCGACCAAAGCCAAGAAGCCCUGUCCAAUCUUCAUCUCAUGAAGAAGAUCUCGGACAGCGCCUUGAAGCAAAGCUCCAAGCUGCUGAGCAAAAAAGGUUGAGUAUUCUGGCAAAGGCUCAAAAGCGCUUAGCUAGGCUGGAUGAGUUGCGGCAAGCAGCUAAAACAGAGGUUGAGAUGCGUUUUGAGAGGGAACGUCAGAAGCUUGGCACAAAAGUAGAAUCACGGGUCCAGCAGGCGGAGGCAAAUAGAUUGCUUAUCAUCAAGGCAUAUAGGCAAAGAAGAUCCAUUCUAGAGGAGAGAUCAUCUCAGUCAUUAUUGCGAAGGGUGGCUCGGGAGAACAGGUAUAAGGAGUUUGUGCGAGCUGCAAUUCACCAGAAACGUAUGGCUGCGGAGAAAAAACGAAUGGGAUUGCUGGAAGCAGAGAAGAAGAGAUCACAUGCUAGGGUGUUGCAGGUGCAGCAAGUAGCCACUUCCAUCUCUCACCAACGCGAGAUUGAGAGGAGGAGGCUGAGGGAACAGUUGGAAGAUCGACUCCAAAGGGCAAAACGGCAAAGAGCAGAAUAUUUGAUGCAUAGAGGAAGGCAGCGUAAUUAUGUUCGAGUGAACUGGAAUAGGUUGCACAGGCAGCAGGCUGAUCUACUUUCCAGAAAAUUAGCAAGGUGCUGGAGACGUUUCCUCAGGACUAGGAGAACUACCUUAGACCUGGCAAAAGCUUAUGAUGCCUUGAACAUAAACAAGAGCCAUGUGAAAUUACUGCCUUUUGAGCAGCUUGCUCUACUGAUUGAAUCAACUGCUACCCUGCAAACUGUGAAAUCACUACUGGACAGGUUAGAGAGCCGUUUUAAGCUUUCAAAGACUUCUACUUCUGCCAAUCAUCUGUCUGGUUUGGAUGACAUUGAUCACCUUCUAAGAAGAGUUGCCACACCUAAAAAGAGGACUACCCCGAGGACUUCCAUGAGGUACAGAGAUGUAAAGAAAGCAUCUUCAGUCAAGGAGGGAACCAAAGGUCCUGCUAAAUUGUCAAGGUAUCCUGUGAGAAUAGUUCUUUGUGCUUACAUGAUAUUGGGUCAUCCAGAUGCGGUUUUCAGUGGUCAAGGAGAGCUUGAAAUUGCUUUGUCCAAGUCUGCAACAGAAUUUGUCCGAGAGUUUGAGUUGUUGUUGAAGAUAAUACUAGAAGGGCCCAUACAGAGUUCUGAUGAGCUAUCUGACACCACCACAUCACACAAACGUUGGACCUUCAGGUCUCAGCUUGCAACUUUUGACCAAGCAUGGUCUUCUUACCUAAAUAGUUUUGUAGUGUGGAAAGUUAGGGAUGCUCAGUCCUUGGAGGAGGAUUUAGUUAGAGCAGCUUGCCAGCUUGAGCUCUCAAUGAUUAAAAAAUGCAAGCUGACACCAGACGGAGAUAAUGAUUCUCUUACUCAUGAUUUGAAGGCCAUUCAGAAACAGGUUACAGAAGAUCAAAAACUUAUUAGGGAGAAGGUAAAACACCUGAGUGGAGAAGCUGGGAUUGAGCGUAUGGAAUGUGCUUUAUCUGAGACACGAUCUAAAUACUUUGAUGCGAAGGAAAAUGGAAGUCCUGUAGGAAUAUUGUCUGUUUUGUCUCCAGGCUCAUCUAGUACUAGUAUCCCUGCUCACAUGUCUUAUGAUCCGUACUCAGACAGACAAAGUAAUGUGAUUGAGGGUACUGAGAAACCAAGCACUGUUGUUCGCUCCUUGUUUAGGGAAGAUAAUUCAUCAUCAUCUGAAAAUUUUGGUCCUUUGUCAUCAAGGAGCAGCUACGUAGAUGGUCAGCUGUAUGCUGAGAAUGAAGUAAUUGUUAAUGAGUUUCUGCACGACCAGAAGAACCAUGCUGUUUUGGAUGGUAUCAAUGAUUCACAUGAAGAUCAAAACAGUAUAAAGUCGAAGAUAAGGGAGACGAUGGAGAAGGCUUUCUGGGAUGGCAUCAUAGAAUCCAUGAAACAGGAUAAAACUAACUAUGAUCGGGUUGUCGAACUCAUGAGGGAGGUAAGGGAUGAAAUUUGCGAGAUGGCACCACAGAGCUGGAAACAAAACAUUGUUGAAGCUAUUGAUUUAGAAGUUCUUUCCCAGAUUCUUAAAUCAGGUAACUUGGAUGUCCAUUACCUUGGAAAGAUUCUAGAGUUUGCAAUGGCCACUCUGCAGAAGCUUUCCUCUCCAGCCAGUGAUGAUGAAAUGAGGGCCACUCAACAGAAUUUAUUUAAAGAGCUAACUAAAAUCUGUGAAGACAGUGAUGAAUCACAGUUUUCUCAUGUCACUGCAAUGAUCAAGGGUUUGCGCUUUGUCCUGGAGAAGAUCCAGGUACUAAAGAGAGAGAUAAGCAAAGCACGAAUAAGAAUGAUGGUGCCUCUGUUGAAGGGGCCUGCUGGUUUGGAUUAUCUUAGAGAAGCUUUUGCCAACCGUUAUGGAUCUCCUGAUGAUGCCCGCACAUCUCUUCCAAUGACAUUGCAGUGGCUUUCAUCUGUGUGGACUAGUAAGGAUCAGGAGUGGAUAGAACACUCAAAUUUUAUCUCACCUUUGCUUCGACCCAAAGGUUCUUCUCAGGGUUUUCUUCCUUCGACCGUCCUUAAAACUGGAGGACACUUUCUGGUUAAGACGAACCAGAGCGAAAUGGAUGCUUUACCGCCUGCUACUGGAAAUGCUCCAGGCUGUCAACUACCAGAAAGCAUUAAUGGAGAAAGAGUUGAUUUGUUAGUGAGACUUGGUUUGUUGAAGCUAGUGAGUGGGAUUGAUGGUCUGACGCAAGAAGUUCUGCCUGAAACUCUCAAACUUAAUUUUGCUAGGUUGAGAGCUGCUCAGGCUCAAAUUCAAAACAAUAUCGUAAUUUCUACCAGCAUUCUUGUUUGUCGACAAAUGCUCCUGAGCGAGCAAGCAGUUGCCAACCCAACAGAUAUGGAAAGCAUUCUCUUGAAGUGCACUGAACGAGUUUUAGAGCUCUUAGAUCGAGUUGAGAAUGUUAGCAUGGAAGAAAUUGUUGAAACUAUGAGCAGAUUCUCCAAAAAUUCUGAGAAGGUUAUAGAUACAGAAAAGCUUCAAACGAGGAAACUAGUCAUGAUGAGGACGUUGGCGAAGAGCUUGCAAGCUAGGGAUCCCGUGUUCGAGAAGGUUUCCCGGGCAGUUUAUCUGGCUGCAAGGGGAGUUGUCCUUGGUGGUAAUGGCCCUGAAGGUAAGAAAUUAGCAGAGACGGCAUUGCGGCAGGUCGGGGCUGUCGCCCUGACGGAUAAGGUUGUGGAAGUUGCUGAAGUGUUGGGUGUGGCAGCAACUCUGUCUGUUAAUGUCCACGGGCCAUGGUAUCGGAAUCUGAUUGAAAGCUUGUGAUGGAUUUGAUAUCUUAAACAGCAAAUUAAUCACACAGUUGUACAUACUCGGGCUGUGAAGCUUUGUAAGUGUGGCGUGUCUCGUUGGAAUAAUGUCAUGUCUCUUGUACAAUUCUUUGGCCAACAGACAAAGAUGUAAAUAACAUUUGAGCUACAUUGAAGGUCCUUUGGAUUGACCCCUUAAUUUUAUUGGGCUCGAUGUA